UUCAUUGUAUUGAGUAUUGUAACCUCCUCCACCACCCACGCCUCAUUCAUCCCUUCUCUUUCCCUUUUUCCCUCUCCCUUUUUUGCCCUAUUCCAAUAGGGUUUCUUUUCUUUGCUUUGCUUUCAGUUUUUCCAUGACCGCUUCUUCUUCUUCCCUUUGAUUACUCUUUUUUGCUUUUGCUGAUGCAUUCACUGCUUGGUGGGGCUUUACUGAUUGUCUUCUUUCUGGUGGAUCUUGCCGUUUUUGCUCUCGGAAGAGGGUUCUCUGGGCUACGACGACAGCUCGGAUUUGACCAACUUUGCUCAGCGACAUGUCUGAAGUGUUUGAUUUCAGUGGUAACAAGGACUUUUUCCCUGGGGGGUCGAUAUACCCAAAUCCCAAGGAGUCAAGUCUGUUUUUAUCUCUUGGACCUAAUGUGGAUGUGUUUUUUCCACCUAGCAAGAGGUCUCGUGUCAAUGCCCCAUAUGUUUUUAGUGGAGAAAAUUUUGAGCGGAAGCAGCCCUCCAUUGAAGUUCUUCCAGAUGAAUGCCUCUUUGAGGUCUUCAGGCGCCUGUAUGGGGGUCAAGAGAAAAGUGCCUGUGCUUGUGUAUCUAAACGCUGGCUUACACUUUUAAGCAGCAUUCGCUCCGAUGAAGUAUGCAUCAAAGAGGGCCCAAAAUCCUUGGAGCCUGAGAAAUAUGAGGCCAAGAAAACAAUGGAUUGCAACCAGAAGGGCGAGAUGGCCAAUUCCAAGGGCAUCAAGCCUGAUUUGGAAGCUGAAGAUCUGGAUAUAGUUGAGGAUGGAUAUCUUUCAAGAUGUCUGGAAGGGAAGAAAGCUACAGAUGUCAGACUUGCUGCUAUUGCUGUGGGAACUGGAAGCCGUGGAGGUUUGGGCAAGCUCUCCAUCCGUGGAAGCAAUGCUAGGCGUGGGGUGACCAAUUUUGGCAUCAAGGCCAUUGCUCAUGGUUGCCCUUCUUUGAGAGUUUUGUCCUUGUGGAACACAUCUGCCAUUAGUGAUGAGGGACUGAUUGAAAUUGCCAGUGGAUGUCACAGGCUGGAGAAGCUUGACCUUUCCCAUUGCAAUGCGGUUACUGACAAGGCUUUGCUGGCUAUUGCAAAGAACUGUCCCAAUCUGACAUCUCUGACCAUUGAAUCGUGUCCAAACAUUGGGAAUGGAAGCUUGGAGGCUGUUGGUCAUUACUGCUCCAGCUUGAAGUCUGUCACAAUCAAAAACUGCUCCCUUGUCGGGGAUCAUGGGAUUGCUGGUCUAUUUUCCAAAGCUGGUAAUGUACUGGCAAAAGUGAGGCUCGAGUCUCUGAACAUAAGUGAUGUCUCACUUGCUGUUAUUGGAAGGUAUGGGAAUGCAUUGACUGACCUUGCUCUGAUUGGCCUCCAAAAUGUGAAUGAGAGGGGCUUCUGGGUAAUGGGUAAUUGUCAGGGUUUGUUGAAAUUGAGGUCCAUUUUGGUGACUGCCUGCCAAGGGGUUACUGAUGUAGGGCUUGAAGCUGUGGGUAAAGGUAGCCCUAAUCUGAAGCGAGUUUGCCUGAAGAAGUGUGCAUUUUUGUCAGACAAUGGACUGGUUUCUUUUGUCAAAGCCGCUGCAUCCCUUGAGAUCUUUCAACUAGAUGAAUGCCACAGGAUUACACAAUCUGGGUUUUUUGGCAUGCUUAUUAAUUCCUGUGGCAAGUUGAAGGCUCUUGCACUGGCGAACUGCUUUGGAAUUAAGGACCUAGUAUUUGGGUCUCAUUUUAGGGCUCUUCCCUCUUCUAUCCGAUCUCUUGCUGUGCGUAAUUGCCCUGGAUUUGGUGAUGGUAGUCUCUCCACCCUAGCUAAACUCUGCCCAAAUCUGGUGCGCCUUGAACUAAGCACACUUGGUGGGAUUACUGACGAGGGGCUUCUCCCACUUGUAGAGAGCUCUGAAGCUGGUUUGGUGAAGGUGAAUCUGAGCGGCUGUGUUAAUUUGACAGAUAAAGUUACUGCAGCCAUUGCUAAGCUCCAUGGCUGUACCCUUGAGGAGUUGAAUCUUGAUGGAUGCAAGUGCGUCACUGAUGCAACCCUGUUUGCAAUUGCAGAGCACUGCUCAUUGCUAAGUGAACUUGAUGUUUCCAAGAGCAGAAUCACAGAUGCUGGCACAGCAGCCCUGGCUGGUGCCGAUCAGCUCUGUUUGCGAAUCCUAUCCCUGUCGGGUUGCAAUUUGGUGUCGAACAGAAGCUUGCUUUCUGUGGAGAAAUUGGGCCAGACGCUGAUGGGUUUGAACAUCCAGCACUGCUAUGGAGUCAAGUCUGAUGCCUUUGAUUUGCUUGCUGAGCGACUUUGGAGGUGUGAUAUCCUUUUCUAAGCAGGGGGGAAAAACUGAAAAGCCUAGUCAGAGGAUUAAGUUGGUAGACGUGAACAAGUAGAUCAUGUGGAUGUAUGGGUAGACGCUUUAUGGGUUUCUUGUCCGUAGCUGCAUUAGUUUGAGUCCAACAUUAGUAGGUCUUUUGUGGUCCAUUGUCCUUUAGGUCCUUUUUCCAGUGAACGUGGUCAGCUACUCUCCUUUUUUUUUUUUGCAGUUUUACUCUCUCAAGGGAAACUGUUUCAAGGAUUUUGGCCCCGUAUUGGGAGUCUUACUUUGUUGAUCAUACUUCACUGAGAAUACAGAUGCUGAGCUCUGGAUCUAGAGGUUCUUUUGGAUGGACCAGUUUUCUGUUGGCAGGUGUUACCUUAUGAUGGUGUUUUAAAUUUCGAGCCUAGCACUGGUGUUGUGCAUGCCAUGCUCAGGCUAAGUUAUGGUACAAUGUCUAUAGUUAGUAGUGUUGAGGUCUGUCUAUUUCAGUUUUUCCGAGUCUUCCACGUUGUUGAGCCUCUGCGUUCUGCGUGUGUUGGUUGGGUCUCUGUUUUCUCAUGGUGAGCUUGAUCCCUGGUAGCAAUGGUGGUGGUUGCUUUUGGCAGUUUUUAGGUUAUCAGUGCCUUGCAUUUUCGCGGGCUUUGGCCGUGGCAGCUGCAGCAGCAUGUUCUUUCAGUCUGCCAUGACAACUCUUGGCUGGUUCCAAGAGUUGUUUUUUUAACCGAGCCCUAGUUUUGCAGGCUUCUCUUGUUUAUGAAACUGUCCCCUGCGACCAUCAUCAUGUUCCUGUAAUAGAGAUGUUUUUAGCUCACUAUUCACACUUUUUGUGAUGGAUCUGUUGCAAUAAAUAAGAAUCUUCAUUUAUGUUAGUAAAUACCUUUCUCCA